AUGGCGUCGGAUGCGCCGCGCUUCGGCCCUUUGAAACUGGCUUCCCCCGCUGACAUUCUCCGAUUGGGCAUCGUCUGCGCCGCGGGUUUUCGCUACUCUGAACAGUUCAUCUGGGAGCGGACGGCCCACGAGCAGCACCCGCAAUGCACCAUUGUCUGCUUCCGGCACGAGGUGCAGGAGUUCAUCAGGGACCCCCAAUACAUCGCCCUCGUCAUUCUCGACGGUUAUGACCCCGGCGAAUCUUCCAAGACCAUUGCCGUCAUCCCCAAAGACAACGGCUGGACCCCACCGGCAGCAGACCCGUACCCUGAUCUCCCCAAGUAUGACUACAAAGAUCUGGACCGACAGCGUUCUCGGGCUUUUGAGGAUGUCGCCGGUGCUGCAGCGAAAAGAUACUUUGGCGGUCUCUCUGAAAUGGAACGAGUCGUUGUUCACCCCGCGUAUUGGAAAAGGGGACACGGGUCCAAAAUUGCGAAAUGGGGAGUCGACCUGGCAGACCUCGACAAUGUUGGCCAGGGCGUUCUGGCCACCAGCAUGGGUGCCAACCUCUUUCGUCAUGUUGGGUAUGAAUUCAUUACCAAUCUUCAUGUUGACGGUGAUGGUUGUGAUCCCGAGGGGGUCACCUUUGAAGCCCUAAGGCAUAGGACGGGACAAAAGGACCAAGGUCUCAAAUGCAACGUCCUCAAGCGGCCAUUUCGCCAAGACCCAUGA